AUGGCGGAAAUGCCAACGACCUUUUAUGAACWACACUGAAAAAAGCCGAUUAUUCACGCUUUGUUUGUAUUGUUUAUAACCAAGGAACCAUUUGUAAUACAAGGUCGGAGGACCAAGUAAACGUCAUGCCUUAUUUAGCAGAAUUUGUCAGGUACUGUUAUCUUUGAAAAGAGAUUACCAUGAGCAAGUCAGGAGCGAAAAGUGCAAGAAUUGGGAAUCUUCUUGAGCAAUUACAGAAGCUGUGCCUUGCUGUGUCUGAGAGCAGAAAUGAACUGGACAAAGACAAUGAACAGCUGCGUUAUAUCACAAACAAAGUGCAACAAAUGCUGUCAACACAAGAAAAAUGCAGAAAAGAUCUAAUGACAAAAUUUCCUGAUGGAAUUUCAACACUUCUUCUCAUUCUGGAGAUGUCCAAUGAUUCUCAGCUUACUCUAAAUGUUAUGGGAUGUCUCUCUGAGCUUCUGACUUCAGGUAAAAGAGCUUCGGUUUUGGCUGCCAAAGGAACUGUAGAUAUUGUACUGAAGAUAAUUAUCAAUGCAAGUCAUGAAAGCCCACCCAAUGAAGAGGUUAUUCUAUUAGGCCAUGUCUUACUUACUAAAGUAGGACCAAAAGAUCGUAAGUUCUGCCUGAAAGCAAGACUAACAGGUGCGCUCCAAGUGACGAUGAACACAAUACGAAACAAUACYUGCAACUUUAGAGCUCUUCAAUGUACACUUGUGGUCAUGAAGCUGUACACAGCCAAUGCUGUGAACUGUAACAACUUGGGCAAGGCCGGAGCUGUUUCUGUACUGUUCAAGAUUGUCACUGCUUGUGGGCAUAAGAGAAUAACAUGUCUUAAGCUUGCACUCGACGUCAUAGCGGCUCUCGUCAAAUCAAAAACKAGCGCUAGCAAGGCAGUGAAUUAUGGUGCAGURCCCGUCUUACUUCAGAUGUUCAAUGAYUGGCAUCGAACAGAUCACCAUAACAGACAGACAGGUGUAAGAAAAGCCAUUGCUGGAGUCUUAAAGAGUAUUACUAUGACAAAAUCAGGAAAAAAAGCGUUUAUUCAGUCUGAUGGAAUCAAGGUUUUAUACACCCUGUCUUUAGAGAACUUAGACAGUCGCGAAUUGGACAGCGUCAACAUCUUAUGCAGUCAAAUCCUUAGACGUUGUUUCCCAAAGAACAAGCUUCCAAUUCCUUGCGCAUCGUCGCCACUAUCUUUUCAAAUACUAGACAUUGAUAGUGCGAGUAACCACAACACACAGAGCGCAGUGGACGCGAAUGAAGAUAGCGGAGAUGAUGAGUCAAGCGAGGUAGAGUCAGACGAUGAAGCAAGUGCAAAGGAAGAUAAAGAAGAGACUGGGAGUCAGGCUACGUCUCUCGAUGGCUUACCCAACGAAAACAAGAAACAAAAGCCGAGAGACGAUCUUCACAUGUAUGAGAAGUUUUUCCCUGAACUGUUUGAAUAUCAGGUUGAGUCAGAUGAUUCUCUAGAGGACGAACCAAUACUACCMAACACAAUCAUGAUUCCUACGGCCUCUGACGACCCAUUGAGCCCCAUGUCUAGUUUCUGUAAUCUGUACUCGUCAAACGUUGAGCAAACGGACAAUAACAACGGACAAGAUCCCUAUGGCUUGAGUGGAACAGAUCCACCGUUAGGCACCAGCCCACCGCAGACAUCAGGCUCUCCGACCUCGAACGACUGCACAAGUCGCUGUUCGUCAACGAACGAAAUACGAAGUGUUUUGCCGUCAGUUAAACAAGCAAUGCCUGAAAUACAUGGACACUACCCACCCGCCGAACCUGAACCCCUUGGACAGAAGAAGACCAGUUUACAGAAAACGAUGAUUUUCCGCGAUAUCGAGCGUCUAAUCCAACCACAAAAAGUAAUGGAUAAAGUSGUAUACGACCUGGACGCACUGCUGAAGCAAGACACCAAUGAAUCUAACGCUACACUAAAACCAGCCUGUGUUACUAAGUCCAGGAUAGGAAGUGGUGGCAGUAAUUCAAGUACUUCAGACUCUGAAAAAAUGUCCAAUGAUGGCGGUGGUAGAACGUUGAAGUUUGAAUCUCGUUUUGAAUGUGGGAACUUACGUAAAGCCAUACAAAUACGUGAAAACGAAUAUGACCUCAUUCUAAAUCCUGAUAUCAACUGCAGACAUCAUCAUCAAUGGUUCUACUUCGAGGUCUCGAAUAUGGAAGCUGAUGUACCCUAUAAAUUCAAUAUAGUCAACUGUGAAAAGAUCAACAGUCAAUUUAAUUUCGGAAUGCAGCCAGUUUUGUACAGCAGUGAAGAGGCGCUUAAUGGCCGUCCAGGUUGGAUACGAGCGGGAAGCAACGUYUGUUAUUAUCGUAACUACUUCUCGCGGCAGCAAAACGGAUGUCAACGCAGUAAAACUUACUUUACGUCAACGUUCACUAUUACGUUUCCGUACACGGACGAUACGUGUUAUCUGGCCUACCACUACCCAUACUCCUUUACGAUGCUACAGGAUCACUUAUCUCGUUUGGAGGCAUCCGUAUCAAAUGAUAUUUUCUAUCGUCGAUUAACUCUCUGCCACACCCUAUCGGGAAACCCCUGUGACGUCAUUACCAUAACAGCUGCGCCUAGACGUAAAGAUUCAUUUUCAUUAGAAUCAUUCAAAAACAGACCGUACGUAUUUUUAACAGCUCGUGUACACCCUGGUGAAAGCAACUCUAGCUGGGUUAUGAAAGGUGUUCUGGACUUCUUGCUCAGCGCGUUGUACACUGCAAAGAAUCUCCGAGAAAGAUUUAUUUUUAAAAUAAUCCCGAUGCUGAACGUUGACGGCGUAAUUAAUGGAUGCCAUCGUUGUUCACUGUCAGGAGACGAUCUUAAUCGACGUUGGAUAAACCCUAGUAUGAUAYUACAUCCCACAAUAUAUCAUACUAAAGGCUUGUUACAAUACUUACAAAGUACCAAUAGAACACCAUUGGUUUACUGUGAUUUUCACGGACAUUCCAGGAAAAAGAAUGUAUUUAUUUACGGCUGUAGCAAAGCAGCGUCGAUCUCAUCCGGUUCUUCACCAGAAGUCGACGAUGCUUCCGUCUCUAACGAUCGUGCAACAGAUGCUAUGUCCGAGUCCGAUUCCACAAGCAGUAUGGACGCUAGCGAAAUUGUUGAAGACCUUGGUUAUCGGACAUUACCCAGUGUUCUUCACAACAUUGCGCCAGCGUUCUUUCUGGGCAGCUGUAGUUUCUUAGUGGAGCCGUCAAAAGAAUCGACCGCGCGCGUCGUCGUUUGGCGGGAAAUCGGCGUGUUGCGUAGUUACACUAUGGAGAGCACUUACAGUGGGUGUGAUCAGGGACCAUAUAAGGGUUGCCAUCUUGGUACUCGUGAACUAGAGGAGAUGGGACGAUUUUUCUGCGCAGGUCUUUUGCGUAUCGCUAGACCGUUUGCACGUCGUGAUCGCUCUCAGGCCAGCAAUCACAGCAUUGAUACGAAUGAAAAUAGCGACAAUUGGAUUCGUUCCAGUGAACUUUUCGUCCCAGUCCCUUCUAUUCCACAUGAUGAUGAGGACAGUAGUGGGGAGAAUUGACUCCAACAAAAUAUACAAUUAAUAAUUAUGAACAAAUAAUAAUUAUGAACUUACGAAAAGCAGCAGUCGAAAAUUAUCACGAAAAAAGACAACUGCUCGAACGAUUUUACCAACUUGAUACCUUCGCGUUAAAACGCAAUGUGCUUUGCGUAAAGCGUUAGAACGUUUUUUCAAAUGCGUUGACUUUCAUUUAAGGCAGAUUUUUUGGGGUUAAAAUGUCAACUUUUGCGCGACAUCCUCUACCUAAAUUUACAAAAUAGUUUAUAUUUCAUUGAUUUAAUAUUCAAGACGUAAAUUCAAAUCAAAACUAUGAUCUUCUAUUUUUUACCGUUAAACCGUMACAGCGUUGAUCGCUGAUUGCGUAAAAAACAGUAUCGUUUUCAUGACGUCUUUAUGAACGAUUAGAGCGUUUUUCGUACGAGUGGGGAAAUGUCCGUAAGUUAAGAUUAAUAAGAAGUUUUCAGUAAUGGCCACAAAUUUCAAACGCAGCCCCUACAUGUGCCAGUUCAGUGCAAAUUCAUCCAAUCUUUUUUUUACGCUUGAUAUUUCAUUUGUAUUGAAACAUGAGGCAUUCGACGUUGAAAUGUUUGUUCAACACGUUUUCGCGCUGAUCUCGAUCUUUAACAGAUUUUUAUAUAUAUUUACAAUUUUUUUUAUUUUAGCUAUCUUAGAAUUACCGUUAGUCAGUUACCAAAUAUAUAUUUAACAUUGGCUAUUUGUUUAUGUUGUUACUUUUGAAUUCAUCCUCGGGAUCCCUCCACAGUAUUUGCUUUCUGAGGAUGUGCUGAAUUAUUUAAUGCCGCUUUACUUCCCUAGAAGAGUUCCCAUGAUUGGUUAAAAUAGCAAGCCGCUUUGAUUAGCGAACCUCACAUUUGCAUAUUCAGUGGAAAUUUCUCCAACCUUUAUCUUAUAUGCUUUAACUUCGUCACAAGUGAGAUUCGGCGUUAUAGAAAGGGGUAACAAGUCUCUCUCCGUGACAAGCGAUCGUACACAUAUUUAUACUGACUGCCGUGUCAAAAAUACAAAUUAAUUUGAUGAUGUUAUUAGAUAUUUGUUGCUAGUUUUAUAUUUCAAAAUUAAUAAAUUGCUUAUUCUUCUG